GAGAGGAGGGAUUUACACUGAGCGAAGUUUGACACGAAUGCACAACGCAGGCUCUGCUGGGAAUAACACACACACACACACACACACACACACACAGUGUGCGUGCCAGUGCGGGAUAAAUCAGUGUGUGCUUGGCACGGCUUGAGUUGAGGUGUGCCACUUUGGGCUGGACUUUGAAGUUUUGUUUAUUCCUGGACGGAGCUGCUCGUCUCCCUCCUCCAGCUCCAGCGGCGUCAGCUCAUGCCUGCCCCGCCUGGCGCUCAGCCUGCGCGGACACAGAGAGUUAUUCUACCCGGGAGUUCACACGGAAGGUCCCGCUGGGUGAGAGCGAGAGCACGCCGGGGCAGGGAGUCUCUGUGGCGGGGACAGCUACAUCACGGAGAGUCGGUUAACGGACGGAGCUCCUGUGGUUACUUUGAAGCGGGACUUGUGCCUGUUUUUACCCGCCUCCCUGCGCUGUUGUUUCCCCCUGACAGUCGGUCCGGCUCGGAGGAACUUGGUGUCGUCGUGGAGGGAUCUGUCCCCCUGACAGCGAGCUUCACCCGGCGGAAUAAUCAACACAAGCCGCCCUGCACUGUGAGGAGUGUAUGUGGCUAACUCAGAAGUAGCUCCGAGCCGAGCCGAGCCAGACCGAACCAGACCGGGCCAGACCGAACCAGACCGGGCCAGACCGAACCAUGCCAGUGAGGAAGAAAGAUGCACAGCGAGCUCUGCUGCUGCUCGAGGAGUACCGGGCCAAGCUGCAGCACGCCGAGGACCGGCAGCUCCGACACUCCAUCCAGAGGGUCAUCGACAUCUUCCAGAGCAACCUCUUCCAGGCUCUCAUAGAUAUCCAGGAAUUUUACGAAGUGACCUUAUUGGACAACCAGAGAUGGGUGGAGACGUCCAAGGCGGCGGACCCCAUGGCGCCCGUCAACCUGUGGGACUUUUCCAGCCUUCAAAGCACAACGGUGACCUCGGACACUCUGCCCAGCCUUAGCACCAGCAUCGAGGACUCUCCCCUCCUAAACGAAAUCCUGCACGCAUUGGCGCAGGCCAAACGCCCGCCCGGACUUGACGGACAAAAGUACAGGCACCAUGAUGAGGACUCGUCCCCCCAGGACCAGAGCUCGCCUCAGCUCACGGAGGAGGCGGGCGGCGCUGAGCUGGUCCAGGUAGCAGAGAAGAACCUGUCCCAGAUCGAGAACGUGCACGGCUACGUCACCCACGCCCACAUCUCACCCAUGAAGGUAGCAUCUCUGGAGUGCAUCUUUGACGGCUCUUCAGCGUUAGGACAGCACCUCCCGGAGCUCCCUUCCCCCUCGUCCUCCACCCUCUAUGCCCACGGCGAGGACAGCCCCCUCCCCUCCUGCUCCUCCAACCCGUACCCCCCGAUCCAGCAGGCCGAGGCCACCCCGCCCUCCUCUCCCAUAAUCCCUGUGAUCCCCGUCUCACCAAUCGCAGCCGAGAACACCAUCAUCCCUCCGACGUCACAGGCCAACCCUCCACCUGUGGUGGUCAACACAGACAGCCUGGACACGCCUCCAUACGUGAACGGGACGGAGGCUGAUUAUGAGUACGAGGAGAUCACGUUGGAGAGGGGUAACUCUGGACUGGGCUUCAGCAUCGCGGGCGGCACUGACAACCCCCACAUCGGUGAAGACCCCAGCAUCUUCAUCACCAAAGUCAUCCCUGGAGGAGCCGCAGCCCAGGACGGACGGCUCAGGGUCAACGACGUCAUCCUGAGAGUGAACGAGGUGGAUGUUCGGGACGUGACCCACAGCCGAGCCGUGGAGGCGCUGAAGGAGGCCGGCUCGCUGGUCCGACUCUACGUCCGCAGGAGGAAACCGGUCUCAGAGAAAGUGAUGGAGAUCAAACUGGUGAAAGGGCCCAAAGGUCUCGGCUUCAGUAUAGCGGGCGGCGUGGGGAACCAGCACAUCCCGGGCGACAACAGCAUCUAUGUCACCAAGAUCAUCGAAGGAGGCGCUGCACAUAAAGACGGGAGGCUGCAGAUCGGAGACAAACUGCUGGCUGUGAACAGUGCUUGCCUGGAGGAGGUGAGCCACGAACACGCCGUCACUGCCUUGAAAAACACUCCUGACGUGGUCUACUUGAAAGUGGCUAAACCCAACAGUGUCUUCAUGAACGACAGCUUCGCCCCGCCCGACCUCACCAACUCGUACUCUCAGCACAUGGAGAAUCAUAUCAGCCCGCCCAACUUCCUGAGUCAGCCUCUGCCACCUCCAGCAUCGUCCGGACGCUUCUCCCCGACCCCAAAGAGCAUGCUGGGAGACGACGAGGUCACCCGGGAGCCCAGGAAGGUGGUGCUGCACAGAGGAGCCACCGGGCUGGGCUUCAACAUCGUGGGCGGAGAGGACGGAGAGGGGAUCUUCAUCUCCUUCAUCCUCGCCGGAGGACCGGCUGACCUCUGCGGAGAGCUGAGGAAAGGAGACCGCCUCGUGUCUGUGAACGGCGUGGACCUCCGUAACGCCACCCACGAGCAGGCUGCCGCCGCCCUGAAGAACGCCGGGCAGACGGUGACCAUCAUCGCCCACUACAGGCCGGAGGAGUACAGUCGGUUUGAGGCGAAGAUCCACGACCUGCGAGAGCAGAUGAUGAACAGCAGCAUCAGUUCUGGUUCUGGAUCUUUACGGACGAGUCAGAAGAGGUCGCUCUACGUCAGUUGUGUCUUCAGGGUUGAGAAGAAGGAGAGAGCGAGAUUAAAGACGGUGAAGUUUAACGCUAAGUCUCGGGACAGAGGGCAGUCUCUCAAUGACAAGCGUAAAAAGAACCUCUUUUCCCGAAAGUUUCCGUUCUACAAGAGCAAAGAGGCGAGCGAGCAGGAGACCAGCGACGUCGACCAACACGUGACCUCUAACGCCAGCGAUAGUGAAAGUAGCUACCGUGGACAGGAGGAGUACGUUCUGUCGUAUGAACCCGUCGUCCAGCAGGAAGUGAACUACACCCGGCCCGUCAUCAUCCUCGGCCCCAUGAAGGAUCGGAUCAACGACGACCUGAUCUCCGAGUUCCCCGACAAAUUUGGAUCCUGCGUCCCUCAUACGACCCGGCCGAAGCGAGACUACGAGGUGGACGGCAGAGACUAUCACUUUGUGGUGUCCAGAGAACAGAUGGAGAAGGACAUCCAGGACCACAGGUUCAUCGAGGCGGGACAGUACAACAACCACCUGUACGGAACCAGCGUCCAGUCGGUCCGAGAGGUGGCUGAGAAGGGUAAACACUGCAUCCUGGACGUGUCGGGGAACGCCAUCAAGAGACUCCAGCUGGCUCAGCUUCACCCCAUCGCCAUUUUCAUCAAACCCAAAUCUGUGGAGAACAUCAUGGGGAUGAACAAGCGUCUGACGGAGGAGCAGGGCAGGAAAACCUUCGACAGAGCCAACAACCUGGAGCCGGGUUCACGAGCAUUUCACAGCCUCGUUCAGGGCGACACUCUGGAGGAAUAUACGAUCAGGUGA